GUACAAAUCGACAUAGACGUUACGAUAUCCCUGAUGGCCGGUACCAAUCGUUCAGUAAACUGUUCAACUGCACUACAAAGGUUGAAACAAGAUUACCUGAGGCUUUCAAAGGACCCAAUACCCUACGUGACUGCAGAGCCACUCCCAACUAACUUGUUUGAGUGGCAUUAUGUUAUCAAAGGACCUGCUGAUUCACCUUAUAAAGGAGGUUAUUAUCAUGGGAAACUUGUUUUUCCAAGAGAUUUUCCAUUUCGACCUCCUUCAAUAUACAUGAUAACACCAAACGGUAGAUUCGCAUGUAAUACGAGACUUUGUCUAUCAAUAAGUGAUUUCCAUCCCGACACAUGGAAUCCUGCAUGGUCUGUUUCAUCUAUACUUACGGGCUUAUUGAGUUUUAUGUUGGAAAAUACGUGUACCAUGGCUAGAAGCAGUGGAGAUUUUAACCUGAAGUCUGAGAUUUUCUGUGAAUUAUUCCCUGGAAUCGUUAAAGAGAUUCGCGAAAAUCUGACAGCCGAAGAACUUCGUAAUAAACUUUUAAAUUCAUCAAAUCCACGUCAGUCACAAUCUGAUGCAAGUACAAAUAACUCCGGAGUAAAUAUUGAAAACAGAAAUGAGUGGCGUAUCUCCAAAUUAUUUGUCCUGAUCGUAUUUAGUAUAUUUGCUUUUCUUGUACAACUUGUCAUGAGAUUUCUAGAACCUAUUUGAUAAGCUAUCCAUAUUUAAGCGGUUAUAUAUACUCUGCUACGGUUAUUUCACGGUAUAAACAGAUUAUGACGACAUGGUAGUGAUAUUGUACACUGGUAUGUGGAUAUUAUUGUCUCUUGUCUACUCUAUUGUUCUUUCAACUGUGUAAAAUUACUUCAUGUAUAACUAUCCUGUGAUUGACUCUUGAUCUGAAUUUGUAAUUCCUAUUGUAACUAUUUCUAUUUUUUUUCUUUAUGAAUUUGUCACGAUGACAGUAAAUAGGAAUGUUGCGCAUGUAUCAUAUAAUAUGCCUGUAAUGUCUGUGAUUUGUUAAUGACCUUGUUGUGUAGUACUAAUUAAAAAGUAAACACAAGAAAAAAUAUGUAUAGUCAUAAUAGUGUGGACUGUUUUAACUUUUAGUUUAUUGUAUACUCACUACUGGUAAGUGAUGUUUGUGAUAUUGUAUAUAUACCAAGUCACCUAAAAAUGAACACCCUCUCAGUCCAUCCCCUUGUACUUUCUCCCAAUCAGACCCUAAAUGGGGCUUGCUGUUGCAAUGUUUUGCGUCAAAUGCUUUUUCGCACUAAACUAUGGAGUGAAUGCGAACCCUCCUCUACCGAAACACAAACAUUAUGUGCUGUAAGGAAGGUCUAUCCAUGUUCAUCAUUCAGUCGAAAUCAUAUUGAAAGACAUCCGUCCACUA